AUGACAGUCUUAUCGUACUUAUGUAUAAACGUACAUGUCUGUCCAUUUUCUGUAGAUGUGUACUACCACUAUUAUGAUAACACCACAAGAGACAGCGCAGUGCGGGACAAAGCCACGUACGAUGUCCAGGAUUUCACGGGGUCAGCGACCUUCCAGGCGAGCGUGGUCAUUGUAGUCACAUGGGAUCGUGUACAGCAGUACUUCCCGUCCGUCGAAUACAAACCGACUAACAUGGGUGACGCCACGUUUCAAGUGGCUCUGGUCACCGACUGGUCAGAGUCUUACGCUCUGGUCCAGUACCGGGUGGGUCACAUGACCUGGCGAUACCCAGGCCGCUGGUACAGCAUUCAGAUGGGAGUCGCUAAAGGAGAAGUCACAACAUUCCAGCCAAAUGUGUAUUCUGGAACUGAACUGGCAUAUGAAAUCGACUCGUACUUCGGAAAUACUGGAUACAAAGGGUACUGGGUGUACCAGUUAGGAAAGAUCCCAGCCAGCUACACCAAGACAUGCCAAGCCUGGCUUCGUAGGAACAAGAACCUGAAAAAGCAGAGAGAGGCAGGUUUUGCCGCCCUACCCAAGUGCCCCUGCUCCAGGAGAGGCAUUUUCAGAGGUAUCGUCAACCAGUGGAGGUUUCAUCGCAGGGACGAGAAGAACUACUUCGAGUGUUACAUCCUCAACGUGGCUCGCACAGGAGAGUUCGCUCCCUUCGGAAAGGAGUGUUGCUACUCGACCAACCCUCUGAAGCCAGACACACUUGACAUGCUCAUCACAUCUCCACCUUUUGCCGGGACGGCCCUGGCCUUUAACCCUUUGGUCUUCUCUCAAGGGAAGCUGUAUGACUCUGAGGACAGGAUCCCACACGUUGCUUGUUGUGAGCACGGGACAAACAAACAAUGUCGUCGCUACUACAAUCUACGACCAAUCGGAAAAUGCGACCCUAAUCCAGCGAUACAGUGGACUCCUUUGUACGGUGACCCCCAGAUAACGACCAUGGAUGGCAGGAGGUACCUCUAUAACGGUCUGGCAGAGAUCACGCUGGUCAAAAUAAACACGUCAACCGUCAGUUUCACCCUUCAGGCCCGGACACAGAGGGCGGAGCUUCGGCCGGGAACGCCCACCAACGGGACUGUCUUUACGGCGGUCGGGGCGGAGGAGAACGGAGUGAGGGUCUUCCUGCAGAUCGACCCCAACACUAACACCACUCUGAUUAUCUACGCCGGUGAUAGAGACUACACCACACGUUUUAUGCAAGAGGGAGACAACUUCACUGUUGACGACGGAAGUGUUUUGCUGACGCGAGAUAACGACACGUGUGUUGUCAGCUUUCCGUCUGGUAUAAGCCUGCAGAUUUACAUCCGUAUGAAAGCCUUGGUGAUUGGAAUUGCCAUGCCUCACAACUUCCGGAAUUCGACAAAAGGGAUGCUGGGAAACUUCAAUGGCGACGAGACAGACGACUUCAUUGUGCCAAGUGGAGAGCGUCUGAACAACAGUCUCAGCGAGCGGCAGAUUUUCAACUUGUUUGCCAACAAAUGGCUGGUCAACACCAACAACAGCGUCAUGCGAUACGAGGUCAGAAUGGGUCCAGCGGACUUCUAUCGCCAAGACUUUCAACCUGUCUUCCUGGACGAGGUGGACCCGUCUCGGCUAACAGAAGCCAAGGUUCUUUGUGGCGCCACUAACAUGCCCUGCAUCUACGACUACCUGGCCACUGGAGACCGAAGCUUUGCCUUUCAGACGUCAGACCUCCGAAACCUGUCCGACAUCCUCAUCCAGCAGAGCAAGAACACAGCGCCAGUCCUACAGGUGCCUGAAGCUAUUUACGUCACUGUACACAUCACAGCCAAGUUUGUCGUCACAGGCGUUGAUCCUGACGUCAGUGACAGAUUGACCUAUCACCUGUUAGAUGACGCCAAUGGAACUUUAAGAAUCAACCAAUCAACUGGUGAAGUCAGCGUCAACAUGACAUCCUUAACACCUUUUAAAGUCGAGAUUUAUGCCGUGGACUCCCAGGGCGCUCAGUCUCCUGUGGAGUCGAUUCCAAUCGUCGCCUGCUCCGGGUGUUCAGGUCACGGCACGUGCAACAUGUCGGACACUAGAGACGUGCUGGGUGACCACGACUUCCAGUUCGCCGACUGUCGGUGCGGACCGGCCUGGGCGGGAGACAACUGCGAACUGGACAGAGACGGGUGCAGUGACAGCCCUUGCCACCCGCUUCGGAACUGCACAGACAUACCAGCCAGUCAGCAAGGCGAUAGUGAUAUCGGGUACACAUGCAGCGCCUGUCCACAAGGGUACUUCACGAAGAACGAUUCCAAUGACUGUUACGAUGUAGACGAAUGUCUCAUCAGUACGUUACAUGGCUGCGACAUGAUUUGCACCAACACAUUCGGCAGUUACGAGUGUUCCUGUCAGGAAGGCUAUCGCCUGAGCACCAACGGCCGUUCCUGUACUGACGUCAACGAAUGUAUUGAGAGAACUCACGACUGUCAGCAGAUCUGUACCAACACUGCUGGCGGCUUCCAGUGCGAGUGCGAGGCAGGUUACACCUACGACAGCACCUCAAAGACUUGUACUGUGAAUGCCAACUUUUCCCAGGUUUGCAGGACCAGUACCUGCUCUCAGGGCUGCAGAGUGAUCACGGAUGCUGCAAACAACAGCCUCGCGCAGUGUUUCUGUUAUCUCGGUUACGACCUGGACGUCAGAGACAACGCGACGUGCGUGGACCGCGAUGAAUGUCGGGACAAAGUGUGUGACCAGGUGUGUAACAACACGGCGGGCGGCUUCUCCUGCUCCUGCUACGACGGCUUCGCCCUGAACAAGGAUGAGCGCACGUGCUCGGUCUGCCCGUAUCUCAAGUACGGCCCCGAGUGUCUCCAGACGUGCACGUGCAGUGGCAGGAGCGUAGCGUGUCAUCCUGUAGGGGGCUGCGUCUGUCAGGACGGCUGGACUGGCCCCACGUGCAUGGAUGACGUGGACGAAUGUGCAAAGAACCCGGAUGUGUGCGGCCUCGACCAGACGUGCGUCAACAGUAGGGGAUCUUACUCUUGUGCAUGCCGUGAGGGUUAUACUUAUGACCCGGAUAGAGGUUGUCAAGAUAUCGACGAAUGUACUUCAGACGUCCCGUGUAAAGAAAACGAGGUAUGCACCAACAUCCCGGGUGAUUAUUACUGUACAUGUAAGGCGGGUUACAGCAAGGCAAACUCAUCAAACUGUACAGACAUUAACGAAUGUGCAAUCAACCGUGGAGACUGCCAGCACAACUGUGUCAACGUCCCCGGCUCCUUCAACUGCCUGGGUAAAUAUGGUUACAGACUCAACGCUGACCGCAAAACCUGUACUCAAGUGCGUGGAGUUUGUAACAACGCGACGAUGUGCAGCAAGGCUCACGGAUGUACCCUUGACGACAACAACAACGACUUGUGUUUAUGCAACAGCGGCUACACGAUCAACCAGAACACACUGACCUGCAAUGAUAUUAAUGAAUGCUCAGCGGGACUGGCCAAGUGCUCUCAAACCUGUAUUAACACACCUGGCAGUUUCACCUGCAGCUGUCCUGUCGGAAUGAAGCUGGAUAAUAACGGACUGACAUGCUCCAAUUGUUUCCCAGGGACAUUCGGACCUAACUGCAAUCAAGUGUGCGCAUGCGCAGCCGGAGCAGAACGCUGUGACAUUGUUUCCGGUUGCGUGUGUCUUCAAGGUUAUGAAGGUGACAAGUGUGACAAAGAUGUUAAUGAGUGUCAGUCAGGAAUGUUGCCUGCCAACUGUACAGGUGAGAACGUAGAAUGUGUCAACACUAAUGGAGGCUACACGUGCAGGUGUCGUCAGGGAUUCGCUGCAGACAACAACGGCGUGUGUCAAGAUAUUAACGAGUGUCUCGAGUCUCUCUGCGACCAGCACUGCAUCAACACCAUCGGCAGCUUCCACUGCUCGUGUGAUCAAGGAUUCUAUCGGGAUAAAGACACAAAGACAUGCAAAGAUGUGGACGAAUGCGCGUCCCUGCAGACCAAUGUUUGCACUCAAAGCUGUGAGAACACCGCCGGCUCCUACCGCUGCUCCUGUGACGUCACAGGAUACAUCCUCAACAACGACGGCUUCACGUGCAGAGCACUCACUGUCUGCCAGAGAACUGACUGCGAUGACGUCAAUGGGGGAUGUGCUGUGGAAACAAACGGCGAGAUUUGCUUCUGUAACAGCGGUUUUCACCUGCUUUCUGAUGGAGUUUCUUGCAGCCGUACUCCAGUUUCAGAAACUAUUGAGAAUUCUACACAAGAAGUUACUUCUCAGAAUGUGGGAAACACACCAGAGCUCUCGACGGACAUCAGCAGGAGCACUACAACAUUGUCGUCUUCCUCGUUGCAGACGGCAUCCGUCAUAGGUGGAACCCUUGUAGGUGUUGUGGCUGCUGCUGCAAUACUGAUGAUAGUAGAAAUGAAGCUAUAAGGCAUCUUUGCAGUGUGAUUAUAGGUGGCAAGCUGAAAUGUUUUCUGAUUUAUUUGAAGAACUUUUGCCCAGGCUGCUAAAACUUUAGUAUUUGUGCCGUUAGCUUAGAACACUGCUCAUCUUGGUUAGAACACUGACAUUUGAACUCAUGUGUGAUCCACUUAUCUGUUAAAUAUUUCCGGGCUAUUAAUAGCUUGUAACUUUAAAAAAAACAACUAUCAGGAGUCUUUUAUACACAAUGAAAAAUGUAAUGCGUUUAUGGCGAAAGUAACAUGUUCGAGCAGUUACACACACUGUUUGGCGCUUUAUUAUGUAAACAAUCAUGUGGCAGUGUAUACCCCAUAUUUUUGGAAGCUAUUUACUGAAACAAUUUUUUCUUUAUUAAACUGAAUAUACUUAGCACAUGUGCUGUCUGUUUUGUUAAAAUCCGGUUUCCAAAGUUCUCUACACUAUCAUUGUAAUCUAUGCUUUGGUUCUUCAUUGCUGUCGCUUAUUCUUUUCUUUUCUGCAUAAGUUAAAAUCUUUCCCAACCUGUUCAACAUAUUAAAUGUUUGAGGUUUACACAUUUUCUAUUAUGGUGCAGUCUGAAGAGGCUAGACUGAUCCACGUAAACAACAAUAGGAGUGUGAAAAAUUCCGAUUGCAGUAGAAAAAAAAGUAUCACUAUGUCUGUAAAAAUAUUUUUAUUUAGAUUGUUGUUCUAU